AAUAUGAAUAUGCUACGUUCUUAUAUGAGGCGCUUCCGCUUCCAGGAGGCUUUGAGGCCUCGAGAGGUGUGCAGCCGCCUCCACUCUCUCUGCCGCCUGUGGCUGAAGCCAGAGAAGCACUCCAAAGCCCAGAUGCUGGACCUGGUGCUCCUGGAGCAGUUCCUGGCCGUCCUUCCUGCAGAGAUGGAGCGCUGGGUGAGGGAAUGUGGGGCAGAGACCAGUUCCCAGGCCGUGGCUUUGGCUGAAGGAUUCCUCCUGAGUCGGGCAGAAGAGGAGAAGGCGCUGCAGGAAGAGCAGCAGGAGAAAGAGGUCCUUCAGGCCCAGGGGGCCCCACCAGGCACCAGCCAGGGCUUCCCUUCCAGGUGGAUCAGGCUGGAAGAGGACACAAGAAUUACUCAACCAGGGGAGGAGCCAAGGAUGCUGGGAAGCCGUAAUAAUUCAUCUCUUUGUGAAGCAGGAGAAAUGGCCUCCAUGGCACAGGAUCAGGUAAACGGAUGGAAGUAGAAAUGAACUGGAGAUAAUUCUGGAAUUGCCCAGGUCCAUGUCACGUGGCUGGAAAGUUUCUUUCAUUGGUUUGUUUUCUGCUUCUGCCCAAGUUUCAUUUCAAAUGAUCUCAGGAUGCUGUCCUCUGAGUCCUUCCUCUUCCACUAGGCUCACACAAUGCUUUCCACUUUGGACUGAAUCCCCUGUUCAAACCUUCAUUAGAUCAACCUAGUUGGAUGUUAUGGAAGAACCACCUGGGACGUAACUUCUCGUUCAGUGCUCUCAGGAUCCAGAACUUCCUUCCAGAAGAGAGGAGACUGCUGUGCGUCUGUCCAUCUGCCCCAUGGGCUUCUUUCUCUGAAUAGAAGAAGGGUAUUCUGUUGCAACAGGCUUUGGAGAACAGAGGGUUUAGUUGAAACAGGGCUCAUUAACACAUCAGAUCUGGUUUCUUUGCUGUAUUGUGGUUUUACCAUUUGUUCUGGUUUUAAUUUUUGAUAGCUCAAUUGCUUUUCCAGCUUGUGGAUUUGUGAAUGUUUAACUAGAGCUGUUUUAAUCUGCUGUAAACUGUCUUAAUUCUCCAACUGGGGAAAA